AUGUCCAACAAUCAUCUCGCCAGCAACCGAAUGAGCACCCCGGAAGCGGGAAGUGCCUCGUCGCUGCGACCGCCGUCUUCUCGAGCUGUCGGAGGCAAUCCCCACCUCCGUGCCUCUGCUGACAUGGCCGCUCUGACCGGCUCGUCGCCGUCAAACCGUAUCCGCCCAUCGUCCGAUUUCUAUGGACAGUCCCAGCAGGGUCAGGGCCAGGCUGGCGGCGAGAUCGACCCUCAGGACAAGCUUGCCCAGCAGUGGAUUGCUGAUAUCGACCAGUAUGAGACAACUCUGGAGGAAAUGGCGGCUGCCACUCUUGACCAGGACUUCAAGGACGAGCUCAGCGCUAUUGAGCAGUGGUUCCGCGUCCUGAGCGAAGCCGAGCGCACGGCUGCUCUCUAUGCCCUCCUUCAGCAGACCACCCAGGUUCAGAUUCGCUUCUUCAUCCAGGUUCUGCAACAGAUGGGAAAGAAUCACCCCAUGUCUGGCGUCCUGUCGCCGGCAAACUUUGAUAAAGAUCCCAUGUCAAAUCGCCUCAGCGAUGCCAUGAAUAAGCUGAACGUCGACUCUGCCAGAAACUCGAUGGCACGCACCUCUGCUGUCUCAGCGGGCAAGCGACAGUCGGGCCUCGAUUCGUCUACCAUCAACGCCAUGUUUCCUGAUGCUGCUGCUGCUAUUGCGACCGAGAAGGCCAAGUUCACGCAGCAGACUGGCAAUCCGCCCACGUCCAACCGCAACAGCGCCGCUGUCGACAACCGGUCCUCCCUCGCCGCGCCUACCAUCUCCGGCCCCGCCGACUCGGGCGAUGCAAACGGCCAGAAUCCUACUUCGCCUUGGGGUAGUGACCCGUCGCGACCCAAGUCAUCCUCCGGCCAGACUCCGAUGGGACAGUUUGUCCAGCCGCCGCCCUCGGCUGGUCUCCGCUCCCCGCGCCCUCAGAUUGCUGGCAACUCGCAGAUCCAGAACACGACCAUCACUGCUGACAAGCCUGUCUCUGACCUGCCACUCCUGUCGCCCUACGGUGCGAGCGGAAACUGGGCCUCGAUGGUCAACACUCCCAUGGUUUCCAACUUCAACGCACAGCAGAGCAACAACCAGGCGGACAUGGUCGCUAACGCCACGGCUAUGAAGCUCGCUGCGCUGUCCACUGUCAACAAUCGUUUUGCUCUAGACGACGUUCGGAAGUAUCGACGUGCCCGAUCUAACGACGCUCCCGGUGGACACAAUCAAAACCCCUUGUCUCCUGGUGCUCCGGCGAUCAACCUGCCAGGAACCAAUGUGGUCAUGGUGAACGAGCAUGGCCAGGUGGUGAGCCGGGAGCAGCUGCUCGCCAUGCAGAACCAGGCGGGCAUGGGUGGCUUUGGAGCGCACCGAUCCCGUCCCAACUCUCCUGGCAUCGCGAUGCAGACUGGAUUCGGUCCCAUGGCUUUCACCUCGCCGCAGAACAACGGCUUCCUCACUGCUUACGACGGCCUCAACAACGGCAUGGGUGCGAUGAAUCUUGGUCAGCUCGGCUUGGCCGGUCAUCAUGAAGGAUACCUGUCCGACCACUCGGACAUGGUUCGAGGUCGUUCCCCACGGGGACGCCGGGGCAGCUCCAAGCCCCCAGAGGAUCCGACAGACCCCAGCCUCCUUCAGGAUAUCCCCAGCUGGUUGAGAAGCCUGCGUCUGCACAAGUACACCGACAACCUGAAGGACAUGAAGUGGACGGACCUGAUUGAGUUGGAUGACAAGCAGCUGGAGGACCGUGGUGUGAACGCCCUCGGCGCUCGGCGGAAGAUGCUGAAGGUGUUUGAGCAGGUCAAGGAGGCCAAGGCUGAAGGCAAGAUUGGCUAG